CCAUAUAGUAUAUACAAUACAUGAUUUGUCCCGUUGACCUUUUCCCCCUGUAAGUCAAUUAUCUCUUUGUCCCGGUAUCUAUCUCUCAGACACUCAUUCGAUCGUCAUAUCUCUUUGGGGCCCAAAUUUUCAGAGUGUAAAUGGGUAUAUUUCCUUGGUUUGGUGGCUGGAUCAGUCAGAACACACAACAGCCUAAAAAAUCUGAAAAUGUUAAAUCCAAGCCAGUGAGAGAGACAAAAACUCACAAUGAGAGAGAUGAGAUGGAGCAAUUAAAACUAUGGAGAGACGCAAAUAAGAAGGAACAAUAUCAAGAACCUCCUCCUACUGUGAAGGUGCGCAUAGACCAUAAAUUAGAUGGCCUUUCCCGUAUGGAAAUGGAAUUUAUAUUAGGAUUGCCACCUCAAACAGCUUACGACGUUUUAACUAAUCAAGACAACAAAUCAUACUCCAGAGAAAAGAACGACCGUCCACUUCUGAAAGCCGUAUCAAGAAUAGUUACAUCAGAGAAGGAUGAAGGAGAAGGGCAUAGGCCGAUCGUGAAGGUUGAGAAAGAGUUGUCAUGGAAAUUCCUUUUCUUGUCAGGAACUCUCCCAAUACGUCUAAUUGUCCUCGAAGAACCAAAAAAACUUUAUGUAGACUACUUGAAAGAUGGAAAAGGAAUAAGGACCAUGGAAACGUUCGAGGGUAGGUAUACAGUGGAGCCAGUAUAUGUUGAUGCAGAACGCUUGUGCAAGCACAUGAAGCCAAAGAGUCCAGAAGAAUACAGAAAAUGUAGUGGUGGAAAAGGAUUGAUUGCGUCCAAGGUUAAAGUGGACCAGACUUUUAGGCCUGCUUCUCCUUGGGAUCUGCCACUGCUGUCUUCGUACAUGCGCCGGUUCACUAUCGAGACCACUAAGAAAGUGGCUGAAGAUCUUCAAAUUCGGGCUGCCGACAUUCGAGGUAUUCCGGAGCUGAAAGGCGGAGAUUAGUUGCUGCGGGCGGUCCCUCCGACCCGAGUCGGGGGAAGAACCCGGAGGAUUUUGGAUCAGGGUCGUCGAAUAUCUGCU